AUGAUUUUGCUCACUCUCUCCACUGAACGUGUUCGCAAUACCGUCAUCACCAACGAGCAAGGACAAGCCAUUUACAAAACAGACACUCCGUUCAGACUAGGCACCCGCACCACGACCAUUCAGAAAAUCAAGCCAAAUGAUAACCAGGAACAUAUGCGCGACCAGUUCGAUGUCUUAGGAGAGAUUGAGUGGCACACAUUUGUUUCCUCAAAAUUCCGUUACCAUGGAACUGAAGUAAAGACGACGGAGUUCAUACCGAAGAAAGGCCUAUGGGAUCGGAAGCGCGUCUUCACAGGACCAGAUGGUCGUCCCUAUCGCUGGGACCUCAAGGCCAGAGUGGUAGUUCUCUCGCGGGACGAUAAGCCUCGGACAGAGGUCGCUCGCUUUCAUAGAGCGACUCUAGGAAUUAUAGGAAGGAAACGUAAAGCCACGUUGGAAGUAUCUCCUGAAGUGGCUCACAUGAUGGAUACUAUCAUCGUGACGUUCAUCUAUGUCGAACAACUUAGAAGGAACAAAGAACAAGCCUCGAAAAGAGCCGCAGCGUCAGCCUGA